GAGAUCAGCUGUGAUUAUCUGGCAGCAGCGCUGAAGUCCAACCCCUCCCAUCUGAGAGAGCUGGACCUGAGCUGGAACAAGCUGCAGGAUUCAGGAGUGAAGCAUCUGUGUGGUUUCCUGGAGAGUCCAGGAUGUGGACUUGAAACUCUGAGAUUGAAGGAAUGUGGUUUGUCAGAGAUCAGCUGUGAUUAUCUGGCAGCAGCGCUGAAGUCCAACCCCUCCCAUCUGAGAGAGCUGGACCUGAGUAGUGACUCCCGGUGGUUAACUAACAACAACUACCUGCAGGAUUCAGGAGUGAAGCAUCUGUGUGGUUUCCUGGAGAGUCCAGGAUGUCGACUUGAAACUCUGAGAUUGGGGGGCUGUGGUUUGUCAGAGAUCAGCUGUGAUUAUCUGGCAGCAGCACUGAAGUCCAACCCCUCCCAUCUGAGAGAGCUGGACCUGAGUAGUGACUCCCGGUGGUUAACUAACAACAACUACCUGCAGGAUUCAGGAGUGAAGCAUCUGUGUGGUUUCCUGGAGAGUCCAGGAUGUCGACUUGAAACUCUGAGAUUGUGGAGCUGUGGUUUGUCAGAGAUCAGCUGUGAUUAUCUGGCAGCAGCACUGAAGUCCAACCCCUCCCAUCUGAAACAUCUGGAGCUGGGCUACAACAACAAGCUGCAGGAUUCAGGAGUGAAGCAUCUGUGUGGUUUCCUGGAGAGUCCAGGAUGUGGACUUGAAACUCUGAGAUUGGGGGGCUGUGAUUUGUCAGAGAUCAGCUGUGAUUAUCUGGCAGCAGCACUGAAGUCCAACCCCUCCCAUCUGAAACUUCUGCACCUGAAAUUCAAUAACCUGAAGGAUCCAGAUGUGAAGCAGCUGUCUGAUCUUCAGCAGAGUCCAGACUACAGACUGGAGAAUCUGGAGUGGGAACCAUGGCAUUAAACAGGACGGUGUGUGUGCUGAGAGAGGAGCAGCUGUGUCCUGAUGAUCCAGAGAGGUUGAAGCAGCAGCAGCUUGUGUGUAGAGAUGCUCUGACUGGGCCAUGUUACUGGGAGGUGGAGAGGAGAGCUUCAUCCAGCAGUGACUGACAGAGGAAUGAAGUGCAGAUGACUGUCAGUGCUGCAGAGUGAACUGAACACAUGCUCUCUGAAUCAUGUGAUAACCCCUUGGCUUCCGUACUUGCGCUUCGCUGUUCCACUUGAACGAUGUAUUGUUGUUCUAGUUAGCAAUAACCCUAUAGCGUUCAGCAUCGCCUCACUCCAAAAGAUGCGAUGGGUGCUUCGACUUAUGAAAAUGUUCUACUUACGAAAGACCCUCGGGAACGGAUUAAUUUUGUAAGUUGGGGUUUCACUGUAUUAUAUUCAAACAUGUGAUCUUCUCUUUAUUUCUGAAUCUUUACCAAAUAAAGAAAAACCAAACUGUUGGAGUCAAAUUGUUAAA